AUGAUUGCCCUUAUCACAUUUGGAAUUCUGGUGAUUUUGGUAGUAACCAUUGGUCUCCUUGUUCAUUUUUUUGGAACUGAAAGGACCCACUAUUAUCAAGGUACCUUUUUUGUCUCUGGUAUUUCAGAGAGUUAUGACUGUAGCAAAAGAACUUCACAGGACAGCAAAGCUCUGAGUGAAAAAAUACAGAAUCUGAUGUUGGAUACAUUUUAUAAUUCUAGGAUAUCCAAACAGUACCUUAACUUAGAAGUCAUCAGUCUAUCUGCUGAUACCAAUGGUGUGGUGGCUAAAAUUUGGCUGGCAUUUAAGUUUGUUCUUGCUAAGAGGGCUGACAUGAAGAGAAAAAUUGAAAGUAUCUUACAUCAGAUGCUAAAGGACAACAAAAAAUCCUUGGCUACAGACCCUUCUUCUCUUAAUAUUAUUGAAAUCAGUAAAGAAGAUGCUGACAAACUUUUUUUCAACUGUUGUGGGAGACGACUAAAACUGUCGUCAGAGGACCCACUCAUGGAAAAUAACAGAAUUGUAGGAGGAAAGCCUUCCAAGGAAGGAGAAUGGCCGUGGCAAGCCAGUCUAAAACUGAAUGGUGUACACCACUGUGGGGCUUCUCUGAUCAGCAAAAAGUGGCUGGUAUCUGCAGCUCAUUGUUUUAUAAGAUCUAAAGACCCUAAAACAUGGACUAUCACUUUUGGAAAUAUGGUAAAUCAGCCCUAUAUGAAACAAAAUGUUAAAACCAUCAUUAUUCAUGAAGGUUAUCGAUCUGCUUCUUUGUGGAAUGACAUUGCUUUAGUGCAGCUUGUUAAAGAAGUCAAGUUCACAAGCAGUGUUCGUUCUAUUUGUCUUCCUGAAGCCACACAGGAUUUUUCAGCAGGUGACAUGGCUGUUGUUACAGGAUGGGGAAGACUUUCCAUGAAGGGACCACUCCCAGUGAUACUUCAACAAGCCAAAGUGCAAAUCAUUGAUUCAGAUACUUGCAAUGACCCACAAAUAUAUGCUGGUAUGAUUAAAGAUUUCAUGCUAUGUGCAGGAUAUUUGAGUGGAAAAGCUGAUGCCUGUAAGAAUGAUUCUGGUGGACCAUUAGUUUCACUUAGUUCUAGUGGUGUCUGGUACCUCCUUGGAAUAGUGAGCUGGGGAGAUGGAUGUGGUAAUGUGAACAAACCAGGUGUCUACACCAGAGUGACUUUCUAUCGUGACUGGAUUGCUAAAAAAACUGGAAUCUGA